AUGGCGACUGGCAAGCGCCCAGCAGCUCCGAGCGAGGCCCCGCAGGUGCAGCACAAGCAGCAAGAACACCAGCAACUUGACGGCCUCGUAAGCUUUGAAGAGACCGCAGCAGAGCCGCAGGACCCACUACUGCACAGGAUGCAGCACCACCAUCGUCACCAGCAGCAAUUGCCCAAUGGCGACCAAGCGGCAGAUGAAGACGCGGACGCGAGCGCCGCCGUCCCGGGCGAGAAGCUGCUGAUCCCCAAGGUUCGCACCUUUUCCCUGCUGGACGCGGCCUCCACCUCGCAGCUGGUCAAGUAUCUCGAAGAGGAGGAGGCGCUGCACCCCCCGCUUGAGUCCACGGGCAGCGCAAGCUCAUUGCACGCGUCGCUGCUGAGCUCCAGCGGCUCGGCAGUGCCCCGACCGCCGCACAGCAAGAACCUCGUGUUGGACCCAGAGUCCAAUGGUGCCGUGCUGCAGGCGUCCGUCUCGUCCGGCGCCGAGGUCGUGGAGGUCGUGGCCGAGCAGAGUUGGCUCAUCACCAAGCUCGCGGUGCAGUUGAUCUGGGCGCUGCGCAUGUCCAAGCGCUGGAUCCUGUGCGCGCUGCGGCUGAUCUCGUUCGUGGUGCUACUGCUGCUACCGAUCGUCAAGGUCGCGAUCUACUGGUUCGUCGACGAAAACGUGCACAAGAAUAUCAUCUACGGACUCAACCGACGCAACCUGCUGGACGUGUACACAGUGCCGCAGACGUCAAAGGACUCGGCUGCGGCCUCAACGACGAGCAAGUCGCGCAGCUCCAGUGUGACCAGCGCCUCAAGCGCCAGCUUCACCGAAGCGAGGUACCCGGUGGUGGUGUUUGUGUCUGGCGGAGCGUGGAUCAUCGGCUACAAGGCGUGGGGCGCGCUCAUGGGCCGGGUGUUGGCGUCGCUGGGCGUGGUCGUUGUCAUGCCCGACUACCGCAACUUUCCGCAGGGCGUGGUGCCCGACAUGGUGGAGGACGUGACGCGCGCGAUGCAGUGGGUCUUUGACAACAUUCACCUCUUCGGAGGUGACCGUGAGAAUGUGCAUCUCAUCGGCCAAUCUGCAGGGGCGCAUCUAGCCAUGUGCAUGCUGCUGGAGCAGGUCGAGAAGAAGCGCAACGCGUCAGCGAGUUCUGCAGCUUCGCCCAGCAGCAACGGCAGCGUCGGCGGAAUGGGCAACACGUCGGACUGCGAGAGCGUCGAGAGCUUGCCGCUGGCGCAGCCGAUCACGUGGAACCUGCGGCAGAUCCGCAGCUACAUCGGCAUCUCCGGGCCGUACAACAUGGAGGCCAACAUCGCAACUUUCCACCGCCACGGCUUCGACCGCGCGGUGGUGGAGCGCAUCAUGGCGCACCGGUUGGCGUACUACUCGCCGUCCUUGCGACUACUAGCGCUGAGUGAGCUGCCGUCGCGAACACGGCAAGCGCUGCUGGAAGACUUCCCGCCGUGCUUCCUGUUCCACGGCACGGCGGACAAGACGGCUUGCGGCAUUUCCGUCUCCACGCGCUUCUUCGAGGGCAAGACGCACACAGACCCGAUCAUCGAGGACCCAAUCGUCGGCGACGACUUCUUGCUGGACGACGUGAUGGCGGCGCUCAAGGCACAGGCGCCGAUCGACCCGAUCUCGGGCAAGCCUCGCUACGAGCUGGGCGCGCGACCGCAGGAGAAGCGCUUCUACCCGAAGAUGCUCGUUACGACGGCGCCGAUGAGCACGAUAGCCAGCACGCCGGCGAUGGCGGGGCCCACGAACGACAUAGUGGUCGGGCCUUCGUGGUGCGUUGUUUCAGACUCUGCGGCCGAAGCCUCAGUGCUGACGGUGGCGUCGGCUUCCAAGGACCCGGAGCUGCUGGAGCUGGCAGAGUCGCUGCUGGAGGAGUGGUUCGAGGCGGCGAGCUGGCAGGCGCGACUUGGGGGGCAGCGCGGCUUCGGCCGUUACGCUGGCGCUGCAGGCGACGGCCACGAGCAGCAGGAGCAGCGUCACGAGGCGGAUCUGAGGGCCGGCCAUGUCAGCUUCGGGUGA